AUUUAAUCGGCCCAUUGAAGAAAGCCAGAUAGACCGCAGCUAUGCAUUCGAAGACCUUCACGCUACUGUUUGUUUUCAUGAUGUUGGCAUUUUAUACGCCUGCGGAAUCUCAUUAUGUUUUCAAGACAUCUGACGAAGAAUGUCCUACAACGCAGGAAAUCCCAUCAUGUGAUAGCAUAUUCUCACCCAAGGCCAAGGCAUAUAUAUACCAGGUGCCGCAGAACAUCUCCACAAACCGUUGCGAACAUGGAUGGUAUUAUCAGAAUGGAACAUUUAUUGUUGAUUCUACGCUGGAUGGCAAUGGGAAGAAGUUCGGAUUUGUCAUGGAUGUGACACCUCAGAACCUGACAGUCAGUGGCUGUGUGAACCUUCAAUGGCAAGUUAACUGUGAACACAAUCAGUAUUUCUGUGCAAUCAAUUAUACAGUUUUAGAAAUGGAACAUCAAGCAACACAUGACCCCUUGCCAACAAAUGUGCCACCACAGGACAAAGUUGAAACCCAUAAUGGUGUACCUCCCUGGGGGAUUGCUUUAAUUGUGAUUUGCAUUAUAAUGGGAAUCUUUGGUUUGACUGUUUGUUCCAUUCGUUACUGGCGUCAAAACCCCAGAAACAGGACAAAUUACGUUGCAGCUAAAUCAAAUGGUGUGGAGUAGUGAGUGAAGAUCUGGGCUGGUCACCAAAAGAGUGUUCUAGAGCUAUUGAGCAAAAGACCUUGUGCAAAGGUUGCUUCACAGGAAUUAGCCUUCGUAAAAAGUAUACUUCUUAUAAAAAGUCACAAUUUUAUAUUGUGUUUACUUAAAUUACUAAAAUAAUUUCUUAAUCUGUAGUCUUUCCUUUUAUUUUAUAACAAUGGGUGUCUCUGUAAAUUUUAACUGAUAUAUCUUUAACUCCUGUUUAAGCAUUUUUUGGCAUCUCACACCUUUAUAGAUUGUUGGUUUUUAAUCAACAUGUAAUCAUGGGCCCUAUUUUAAGAGCUCUGAGCACAGCGCUAUGCCAUCACAAGUCAUAAGUGCUAAGUCAGUGGGCAUGGCCAUGAAGUUUUGAUAUUUUCAAGCAAACAUGCGCUAUGUCUCGGUGCAAAUGGGUUUGGUAAAAUCACACACAAGGCUCUAAUAGGGUCAUGUGCAAGUUAAUUUGGAGGUUCUUCUCUGGCACCGUCUUCUUCCUAUUAUAUAGUCCAUUCCCUUAAGCACCUACGAUAUAAACAAAGACUGCACAUUCAUAAGAAUUUGGUUGUGUAAAUGGACUGUAUGCAAUGAAUUAGAUGAAUAGAAAUAUUGACUUACAUUAUUUUGUUAAAUGGGACAGACUUCUUUUAAGCAUGGAAAAUGUGGUUCAGGUUAUGGAUGUAGGCUCCGUUAAAUUAUAGAGAAUGUAAGUAUUAUUAUUAUUAAUUUUCAUGUAAUGACACACACAUCACUUUUACCAGUCGAUUUUGAUUUAGAAAAAUGUUAUUCAUUUAUUGAAACACGAAAAAUUAAACCUAAAAUAUUUCUAAAUUCAAAUUACACAUCAAAUCAAUAUACAUAGGACAAAUCCAAACAUCUUACUCUCUCAAACUGCUUCCACUGGCUCCUGUUGCAGUGAUAUAAAAACGAAUCUACAGGAACAGGUGGAAAUUCUUUGAAAAAAGAAAAAAGACAGAAACGUCUUAGUGCAAUGACCAAGUUAUCAGGAAAAUAGAAAAUUGCACUUUAUGCCACUUCAUGAACAUAAUAAAUGUUAUGCAAUGUAUGCAACACAUAGGGGCGGCAUUUAAAGGGGGGCACCGAUGGCUAAAUAAAGGGGGUGCAAUUGGAAACGUAAUCGUGCACUGGCAUGAAAAUUGCACUUAGAAUUAUCACUUUCACAAAAAUUGGAUAAGACGUAGCACAAUGUCGUAGGGCAUAACGCUGCGCUUUGUGCGCUUCCAAAAAUAGAGCCCCAUGACUCUAUUUUGAGCUCCACCAAAGGCAGAACUGACACUGAAAAAUAGCAUUUUUAGAACAAUUAUAGUAAUAAUAAUUAUAUUUAUGUUUCUAUAUAUCAUAUUACUUAUAUAUUGAUUAUAAAUCCAAGUUCUAGUUGUCAAGCACUGAUUAUACAGAGGCUAAGGGGGCCAUGUAUGUUUUCUUUAUCUAUUUUAUGUAUCUAUAUACACAAUAUAUAGCUCAUGUAUACCUGUUUAUGUAAUAUUGCAUGGCACUUAUUUCUUGAGAUUGUGGAUAUAAUGUAAACGAGGGAGAGAGGAAACUUCUGUCUAGAUGCUGUGAUUAUCCAGACAUUGGCUUUGUUUAUUGAGUGGGGCUAGGGCCUUUUACUGUGAGGGCAAAGGAAAUGUACAACGAGGGCAAGUAUUUUAAAUUGUUGCUGUGGAAGCAAAAUGCAUUGAAAUGCUGUGCCAGUGAGAACACAAAUCUAAUGCAUUUUUAAUUAUAUCCACUUAACAAAUGUAAAUCUGGAGAAUUGUAAACGAUAAUCAAGCUUAAAAGUGAAGUGUCUAAUUUCUGUGCCUGUUGCGAUACCAAGCAAAAUUGGAAAAAAUAUAAUGUUUUAUAACAGGUUUCCCAAUCAUUCCCCUCAUCCUCCUGUUUUCAUGGUGAAAAACAAAUAGUCCCAUCCCAAACACCUUAACAUUGGGUUAAUGUUUUUGUGUUGGCUGUGGAAGCAGAGCAUGUUUUGAAAGCACUACACUUUUUACACCUAUCUGGAAAACCAACCCACCAAUAGAUUACUUGGUUGUCUCUGCAUAUUAAGAUGGGACAGGAUAAAGUAUUUUAACACAAAAAAAUUACACACUUCACCUUAAAUUAAAAGAGAAAUGGAUGUUGAAGAUACUCCGACUAUCAAGAUGAUGAUAUAUAUAUAUAUAAUUAAUUAUUAUAUCACUCUGUGCCAUGCAAUCUGCUGAUACUCACUACAUUGAGGAAGGUACUUUUCAUUGUUUUUAUCGGCCUAUAAUGAAUAUAGACUUAUAAAUUAUGUUACAGUGUGACUACAUUUGAAAUAUAUCAUACUAUGUAUUAUGUAAUAAGAAAUAUUAAUGAUAAAAGUCAGUUGGAUCUACAUUAUAUUGAUUCAGUGUCAGCUGCCUAUUUGUUGUGAAGUUCAAUUAGCAUUGCUACUUAUGUUAAAAAUAUUUGUAAUUUUUGCAAAGCUUGUUUGUAUAAAAUAA